UAGUUUAAAACAUUGCUUGAUAGAGGAUAGUUUAUUUUCAGAUGAUGAUCCUGGAAAGUUCUAUAUUUCAGUUUUUCAGUCUUUGAGAUUGUUUAUAUUAUCAAAAUUCACCCAAUUAAGAAACACUUGACAUGUCCGGUCCGGGUCCAAGUGGCGGUCAAGAACAGCAGAAUCGGCUAAAAAUUCUGGAGGAUUUGCAACAGCAGAAGAAGAGAUUACAGAUGCAGACAGGAGCCCCAGGAGCACCUUUACCGGCACAAGCGAGAGCAAAGGAGGCUCCUGGUGGACAAAACAGGGGGCCAACAGACGCCAGGAAUUUAGACCAGCGGCAGAGACAAGCACUACAGAUGAUGAUGACAAUGGCAGCAACACUGCAGGGUGGAGGGGAGGAGAGGGCGGGGCAAGCUCCUGUCAUAGAUGAGACUAGUCAGCAUCCAGUAGGUGGAGCCAAUGACCUGCAGGCUGGAGCCAAUGUUGCAGUGGGCGGAGUCAAUGAUCGAGUGGGCGGAGUCAAUGAUCCACCAGGCGGAACCAUUGAUCCACCAGGUGGAGACAGUGAUCCAGUGGGUGGAGCCAAUCAGCUAAUGGGUGGAGCCAAUGAGGAAAUGGGUGGAGCCAGUGUUCCAAUGGGAGGUGCCAAUGAUCCCAUGGGCGGAGCCAAUGAUCCCAUGGGAGGUGCCAAUGAUCCCAUGGGCGGAGCCACUGAUCCCAUGGGUGGAGCCAAUGAUCCCACGGGUGGAGCCAGUCAUCCAAUGGGCGGGGCCAACGACGCAGACGGCGGAGCCGAUGAUCCGGAAGACGGGGCUGUGGACAAUGAUCCUGAUGUUGAACUUAAGAAAGCGCGCGAUUUUGACUGCGGCUGUCGCUCCGUCAGCAACAAAGCUUGUGUUCGUCAGUUUACCGCGGAGGAGAUUGUCCGCAUCAGAUUAGACUUGAGGGAACUCACAGGAGGGGAGAAGGACCUAAUACUCUUGGGAAUCUUCCACACUGCAAUGAACACCAGUAAGAACAUCCAGACCAAAGGUCGGAAAAGGAACGAAGUGAAAGAACGAACGCGGACAAGAAGUACCUACACCGUACACUCCAAGCGAGUUUGUGCCACGGCCUUCAGAUAUCUCCAUGCCAUCAGCAAGAAUAAGCUGACGGCGGUACAGCGCUGGUACCGGGAGCACGGGCUCACGCCACGCCGCAAGAGAUCGGGCGGCCGCAAGGAGAGCAAACGCACCCUCAAGUUUGAGGACACCAGCAGGCUGGUCCAGUUCAUCAAGAACUUUGCCGAGGAGCACGCGCUGGCUUUCCCCGGCAGGACGCAGGGCUCCAAGACGGCCGACCGCCGCGUCUUGCCAUCGACGCUCACCAAGUCCGGCAUCUGGAGGAACUACUACAGCCCCUGCAUGCAAGCCUUAGGCUUUAGGGCAGCCCAGCUCAGCACUUUCAGGAAACUAUGGCAACAGCUCUGCCCCAACAUCGUCUUCAAGAAGACGGCCAAGAAAGAGAAACCCGCCAAUCCAGCCGCAUCCAAGCCACGCCUGAUGAAGCGUCCCAACCAGGCGACAGCGCCCUCUGUGUCAAGCACGAGCUUUACUUUCACCACAGAUAGUUGGCACUAGUGCAUUACGUUCCCGCUGUUAACGCAAUAUGACUUCUGGAUUGUUACAGAAAUAAUGACAAUUUUAAACAAGAAAAGUUGUGCUGUAUGAUAUUUUCGCUUGAAACAGUCCAAAAAUGAGGCAUCAUUAGGGAGUGCUCAAGUUAUACAGCAUUGCACACUUCGAAAAGUGAGAUCAACAUGUGUAAAAAUAUAUUUAUUUUAUUAAAACUCUAUACCUUUUCUUUCAGCCA